UACAGAAGUGCACAUGCAUGCUGAGGACGGAACUGAAACUGAUGAUGAAGAGUCCAGCCCAGACAGGCAGUAGCAUCGUACGCAUCGUACACCUGUGCUACACAUGAUCCUCUAAGGUCCUGCCAACAAGUCAAGUCAAUUACAACGCCAGAAAGCCUUUUACGUUUAUUGUGAGUGUAGGAGAGGAAUUGUACGAUUUAUAGGAACGCAACACAGAUAUCGGAAUUAUCCGAAGAUUAGCAUCAUGACGGUGGAUUUCAACGACUAUUUUUGGGGCGAGAAGAACAACGGCUACGAUGUCUUGUAUCACAACAUGAAGUUCGGUCUGGUGGCCAGCAAGGAGUUGUCCGAGUUUCUGCGCGAAAAGUCUAACAUCGAGGAGCAGAACUCAAAGAUGAUGUCCAAGCUGGCCCACAAGGCUGGCACGUUGAACAGCACGUUUGCUCCCGUGUGGACCAUUCUGCGAACCUCCGCGGAGAAGCUGUCCACGCUGCACCUGCAAAUGGUACAGAAGCUGACCGAGCUGGUCAAGGACGUGGCCAAGUAUGCGGACGAGCUGCACAAAAAGCACAAGUCCGUCAAGGAGGAGGAGUCACAAACGCUGGAGUGCGUCCAGGCGAUCCAAACGUCAACGGUAGCAGUGCAGAAGUUGCGGGAUCUGUACGCCAGCAAGGUUCAGGAGCUGGAGAAGCUGCGCAAGGACAACGGCUCGCACAAGGAUGCCGAGAAGUUGGAGGCUAAGCUCAAGAAGCUGCAGGAGGAGUACAAGGCUCUGAUGGACAAACACAAUCCCAUUAAGAACGAGUUUGAGAGGCGCAUGACUCAGACCUGCAAGCGCUUCCAAGAAAUCGAGGAAGUGCAUCUGCGACAAAUGAAGGAGUUUCUGUCCACCUACCUGGAGAUGCUGCAAAACAACCACGAUAUGGUGGGUCAGGUGCACUCUGACUUCAAACGGCAAUUUGUGGACAUGUCGGUGGACAAGCUCUUGGAACAGUUUGUGCUCAACAAGUAUACGGGUCUGGAGAAACCAGAAAUGCCGGAAUUGGAGUACAUUACCUUGUCAAGUGGGUCGCGUCUCCAGCAGCCCCAGGCCUCGGCCACCGCUUCUAACUCGAACUCGGCCACGAGCAUCCAGGCCGCCCUGCGUACCGCCCCCGGACCACCCUCGGGCAGCAUGGUGUCCAUGGAUCAGCGGGGAGAUGCUCUGGGCGGCAUCUCGGUGGGCAGCGGCAGUGCAGCCAGCGGCAGUAUUCCCUAUGUGGAGGACCCGAUUCUUGGAGCUUUGGGCUCGCCGCGUCCCACGUCUCCGGACAUGCUGGGCGCCAAUGCGAUUUCGGGGCAGGCAGCGGGCGGUGGCACCACCUCCACGGUGAAAAGCCUGCGCUCUUGGUUCUUGCCAACCGCAAAGCAGCAGCAGCAACAGACUGCCGCCGGAAAUUUCGGUAUGACCGGAAGCUCCGGGAACAACACCUCUUCCACCACGACAACUACAGCAAUCAGCAGUAGCAACAAUUCAAACACCAACAACACCACAGCAACAGCAACAACUACAACAACAGCUGGCACGAAUAAUCUCACCACCAAUAUCACCAAAAAUUCCCCUAACUCUGAGGAUAAUACCAGUCAAGACCAGGCACAGCAACAGCCGGCAGAGGCCUUAGCAUCGAUAGCGACUUCUGGCAAAAAGCAAUUAAAUGCAACGACCAGCGAGCAGCAGCUGUCGAAAUCAUUAAAUGAUCAAGACCAUCUCCAGCAGAAUGCAGCAGCAGGAGCCACAGCAUCGGCAGCAGCAGCCACCGUCACAACGACAACGUCCAGACGUGCAACGUCACUUUUAAAUAUAUUCUCAUCAAACUCUCAGGUCUCUGGCAUUUUACGAAGCCGUCGCGAUAAGACAAAAACCAAAAAGGCUAAGAAAAAGAAGGACAACGAAGCGGCCGAGCACAUACAGGAAGAGCGUCUUACUAGCGUGGAGAGGGCCAACAACACACUGCUGGACUACGAUGACCAUGGACGCAGCAUGAAGACGCAGAACUCCAGCGGCAGCAGUGCAGGCGGUGGCCUGGCAGCCUUGUCGGCCACCUCGGCGCAGGGCAGCGUGGAUUCGGCGGGGGCCAGCAGCAUGGGCGGCAGUGGAGGAGCCGCUGGUGCUGGAGGCAGUCUGCCGAAUGCCGGUGUCCUCACGACUUCUGCAUCCACUACUGCGCCGGGAGGUGCUAAUGCCACCGGAACAGGCUACGAGGUGGAUGAAGAAGGCUUUAGUAUUCAGCCAGCCAAGGAAAUAGCUUGGGAAGAGAACCAGGACAAAUCUGGCAGUUUUUAUUCCGACUCGGAUACGGACUCCGACAACGACAAGCAGGAGCGCCGGAUUCAUGUGAGCAUAAAACCGCUGAAAAAUGGCCAGGCACCCAUGUCCGCCAGCGUUGAUGAGCUUCGCGCUACCGUGGAAAACAUUUCCCUGUCACCAACAGCGGCGUUUUCGCAUCACAGUCAACAACUGCAGGGAGCGCGAGGAGCACCAGCGUCCCGACAACAGUCCCCGGAGAUAUCUAACGCCUCCACGCCCACGGCCAGCGUGCAUCCGUAUGCCCCGCUGCAGAGUCCCACACUGUCCAAUAACAACAACGCGAACAACACGAGCAACAACCGUUAUGCGGAUCUGGGGGACAUCUUCUCGGAGUUGGGGGAUAUGAGCAUGUCUGCGCCGGCAUCGGCCACGCUGGGCAAACCGCCGGGUAGACAGAUACCCACUCCUACAUCGGCGUCCACAGGGGGCAGCAUAGCCAUUCCACGGCCGCCAUCGCGACGCUCCGAUAUGAUCGCCAUUGGACCGGCGGCAACUGGGACGGCGCCGGGACGCGGUCGCAUGUCUCCGGCCCCGGUGACAACGGCCAUGAAUCGAGCAGAGAGUAUCGGCAGUCUCGAAUUCCGCACCGCCAUCGGGGGGGUUGGCUCCUCGCGGGGACCUUCACCGUUAACGAUUGGUAUUUCGGACACCAUACCGCUGGCAGUGGCCUUCCACGAGAUUAUCCACGCCUAUUUCCGGGGCAGUGACGAGUCGCGCUGCCAGGUGAAGGUGUCUGGUGAUAUGAUGUUAUCAUUCCCAGCCGGCAUUGCCGGCCUAUUAGCCAAUAAUCCCAAUCCAGCCAAGCUGGGUUUUCGCAUUAAGAACGUUCAGAAUCUGGAGAACCUGGUGCCCAAUGGGAAACUGGUGCAAAUAGAUCGACAGCAAUCGAGUUCCUUGAGCACCAUGCUCGAGUUCAACAUGGGAGCUUUGACAGCCCUUCUGCGAAGACAGGCGGAAAACAAUCCGACAGCCUCCUACUUCAACGUGGACAUACUCAAGUACCAGGUUCGCACCAAGCCGGGUGCCAGUUCGUGCCCCUUCCAGUUGGUCAGCUAUUGGAAGUGCGAGCAGAGCUACACAGCCCUCAAAGUGGACUACAAGUACAACAACCAUGCUAUGGCCAACGCCUCGCCUUUGUUGAAUGUUACGCUCUCGGUGCCGGUUAAUGGAUCUGUUCGGAAUGUACAGUCGAAACCCCAUUCCGCAUGGUUGGGUGAAUCCAAUCGUUUGGUAUGGAACUUUACCGACAUAUCGCAAAACUCACAGGAUGGAGGCGUGGGCACCUUGCGUGCCCGUCUAGAGCUUAACGAUGGUCCUUCUACACCAGCCCUUCUGGCCACCCAGUUCAACUGCGAGGGCACCACGCUCUCGGGCAUUGAGUUCGAGCUGCAGGGCAGCGGCUACCGCUUGUCGCUGGUGAAACGACGCUUCGUUUCCGGAAAAUAUGUGUGCGAAGGCGAUGGUAUUCGCAGUGGAGCAACGCCUACGCCUCCGUCGGUGGGAUCCACUAGUCCGUAUUCGGCAAAGUCAAAUUAAGUAGCUAUACAUUUAAAAGACAGCUUGUGAAAACAGAAACAGAAACAUGAACGGAAAAUGGCAAUAUGGCAAUAGGCUCGUGAAAACCUAGAGAAAUUUUUGUAUCUAUGCUUAAAUAUGAGAUAAACACUAUACACCCACACCGUAAUAAUUAGGCACAGGAUAAGUAGAUGUUUCUGAAUUUGCUCUGAGGAUUUUAAUGUCCGAUGAUAUUUUGAAAGUGCAUUUUAGAAUAAUUGCAAGAGUUAUUGUGGAAAGUGAAAGUUUAUCGAUUCAUAUACUGAUUCAGCAUAGAAUCGUUAAAUCUUCACAGUUCAGCCUUUUUAUAUAAAUUCAAAAUUAUUUAUUUUAUUUUCUUGUUGGGAAUUUCAUUGAUUCCGAUAGUUUCUCUAAAUUGAAAUUGAGGCAUAGGCAUAGGAGGGUCUAUUAGAUAUUUUUGUAUUCUGUUUUUCAUUCGCAAUGUUGAAUCGAUGCUGCCUGCUGGAGGUCCAUGUGCGGGUGCAGAAACUGGAUGUAUUAUUUGUUAUAUAUACAUAUGCGAGUAUAUAUUAUUAAAUUGUAUUUAUUAUGUUUAACUGAAUAUGAUGGAAACGAACGAUAUUGUAUGUAGCUAUGUAGAUAUAUAAACACACACACCGAACGUUGAUUUUAUGUUCACUUUUGUACACACAACCAAAUCCAAAUGUAUUAAAUGUAAGAUACGAAAAC